AUGGUCGUCCUGACACGUCAAAAAUGGUUCCUGAAACCAUUUGCUGUGGACAUGAGACGGACAUGGAAAGCCAGCAAAACAGUAUCUAGUCUAUCAAGGAUCAUAGCCAACACGAUCAGACCACAAAUCAAAAAGAGAAGAGUUCUUUUGGAAGCAGUCUACUCAGAGGCAAGAGCGAAGAUAAACAAGAAAACGCUACAUGAGUGGCAGGAUCAUUGGACAUCAGAGGAGACAGGCAGAUGGACAGCGCGCUUGAUCCCAAACAUCAACGUCUGGCUUUCACGGGAGCAAGAGGACACGGACUUCUUCCUCACCCAGCUAUUGACGGGACAUAGACAGUUUAACGCCUAA